AUGGCUGCUUCCACUUGGAACCUUCCGACAUGUAAUAGAUGCCAGAAGAGGAAAAAGAAGUGUGAUAAAAUCCUCCCCAGCUGCGCGAAUUGCACAGAGGCUGGGCUGGAAUGUGUCUUUUAUGAAAAAGGCUCGCAAAGCGUCGUUUCGAGAAGUGCUAUUCAAAGUCUCGAAGAAAAAGCCCGGCAGCUUGAAGCCGAGCUAGUAGAUCUUCAAUGCAUCCAAGACUUGAAUUCUUUAAGUCGGCGUCCGAUCUCGCCUGAGUCAUAUACACAGCAGGGGUUGGCGUGCUUGCUGCCUCACGACCAUUCGUAUCGCCGGCAGGAUACCGCUCUAGGUCAACCCAGCUUUAUGGAAUCCUUUAGUCCAAGUUCGCGCUCGAGUUUCAGCUCAAAUUUUGUGGGACUCGAAAGUGCCGUGGACCUUUGCCUCUCUACUGCUGCAUUGGCUGGACUAAACACACUUGAUUGCGCUGUACCAGGCGGAACCUCGCUGCAAUUUCCCAGGUUAAACUUGCCUCUGUUGAGAUCAGAGAAGCUCGAUAGGUCAACGGUCGAACCAACCCUCAUACGUGGACUCGUCGAUGAUUAUUAUUUUCCUGUGCUGCAUACACUAUAUCCGGUGAUAGAACGUUCGCAGAUCGAACUCAAUGCCGGAUUUAAACAACUACCCCUGAAGAAACGUCUAUUUGUAAUACUUAUUGCUGCGAUCGCUGCAGCACAUAGUAGCAGGCGAGAUCAAUCUCUAUAUCCCACAGCCCUGAUUCUACGCAGCUGGGCGGAUGACCUAAUAUCCGAUGUGCUUGCACGGCAGGAUGAUGACUCGUUACAGGCAAUGAUACUUCUAACGCUCUACGAAUUGGUUGAUCCGAGAAGGAAGCUCAUCUGCCAUCUCCUGGGACUCACGUGUCGGAUGUGUAUCAGGCUUCGUUGGCACCUAAAAGAAGAGUCUAUCCUGUCAACCGCGGAGAUGGAUUUUUCGAAUCAUUUUUCUCAGUAUCCAUCGCCUCGGAGACGGAGACUGUUCUGUAUCGUCUACGAGUGGGAGAGCUUAGUUUGUCUUGCUUUGCAACGAGUAUCCAUUUUCUCCCCUGAUUUAGUGGAUAUGAGCUCGGCACAGGGGGUCAGCGUUCGAACUUUAUAUAUGGAAUUGGCUUUGCGACAAAAGAUUCGAGCUUGCUCAUCGCAUCAGUGUUUACUAGGCUGCGACUUUGUGUCAUUCGUCAAUGCAAAUCUAGAGCAUUCAGAAGGUGCCGAUAUCUUGUGGCUCUCCGUGUAUCUCAUGACGGGACAUUCUUGGGCGCAAACUGCUACCCACGAGCAAUACGUAAGUGAAUGGACAGAUCAGAUCUUACGGGCUGCUAUGUCACGAAUCAACACAUUGUUCACUGCACAGCGGCGAGGAUGUAUUGUGAGCAUCUGGCUCAGCACUUUUGAUGUUUUCACAGCAGGAACCGUUUUGCAUGAUAUUUCUUUGAGACAUCCCGCGGCUAUACAUCAUGAUGGCCUGAUUCAUGGCCUCUGGAACGCAUUGAGAAUGGCGUCGAGCCUUCUGGCCGGAUUUUCCGAGUUGUGGCAAGGUGCUGGGGUAUACAGAGAUGUCUUUGAUGCUAUUUCUAAUCGCGUAUUCGCUCUCAAGACAUGAUUUUUCCACACCAGAGACAUAAUCUAAGCCACAUCCGAGGAUCCCAUGCCCAUUACUGCAUUGAGGUACCUCUGGGCUGGUUGGCUGUGUCGGAGUAUUCCAUCAUGAUACUGCGUCGGUGAUUUCCGUCGGAGUGGUUCGAGACCC